UGCGUCCCGUGUAAACAACAAGAGAGCGAAUUAGUUACGAAAGCUCUAAUCGGUUUUUCGUGCAAGAAGGCGAAGUUUGUUAACGGGAUUUAGCUAAUUUGGAGAAAAUCGGUUUUCUUUUCGAGAGAAAGCUGAUUCGUGUUCGUAUCUCGUUUCGUUUGAGUUCAUUCUUUAGGAAAUGGAGGGAAGGAGCUACUCGGAGUUUUACAGAAACACGAGCGAAGAAUUGUUCAUAAAGACAAUGAUGGAAAGCUCGAUCGGAAUGCCAGCUCCAACAAUGGAGAUGUUAGGGUUCAAGAAUCUCGCUCAGAAUCUUCGAGCCGACAGCGAAGAACUCUUCAAAAGCUGGCUCACAAACGGCGAGAAUAACGGUGGUCAUUCGACAGUCAUAGGACAUCGUCCUCGACAAGCAUCGAGAAGGAUCUCAACUGAACUGGCAAGUUUAGCUAAUCAAACUGGAGUUGCACUCCAGAAAAAAACAAACGACGACUUUAUAUUUCCACAAACUACCCCUACGGCUGUUGAUUCUUCGAAUGAUCUCGUUUCAACCAGGACUGUAGGUGAAAACGGGUUGCAGGGUAGUAAUCGAUUUUUGGCAAAGGCCUGGUUUCACAGCUCUCACCCCAUGACUAGGAGUCGAUCCUCCGAGUUAAGGUACCACUCGAACGAUCAAUUUUCUAUAGUCGAUCUAAUAAACGUGGCGUAUUUUUAUUUUUUAAAUUUGGAUAGCAAUUAAUUGUAUUCAAUAUCUUGAAGGAAGAAAUAUGUUGCUAUGCAAAACUCACAAACACCAAUAGGAAUCGAGGCAAUGCACGAAGCGUCUGAAAAUGGCGUCGUCAACAAUUUCAGACAUGAACCCGUAAAUCCAAACGGUUUCAUUAAUAAUAAUACUAAUAUUUCGUUAUACGAUAGCGCAUUUAUGUCGCCAUCGAAUUCGUCUUCAUCUGCAUUUACUGAUCCACAAAUCGGGAGUAUGGACAAGAUUUCGUCUGUAGUGAGCAUGUUGAAGGGCACCCUAGAGCGAAAGAAGCUCGUAAAUAACCAAGCUAUGGAGAACACUUGUUUCGAUAAUUACUACAAUAAUAAUAAUAAUAACCAUGGCGAUCAAGAAAUUCAUGCGUACGAAAACGGGGGGAAUUUUCAAGAUUUAUCCACACUCGGAGUUUUACAAACGAUUGAAGAGUCGUUAUUGGAAGGUAUUAUUGUGGGCCCCACUCAGAUGAACACAAUAUCACGGGAGCCGUCUCAGAGCGAAUCUUCGGCACAAGCUUUGAGUGUUUGCGAGAGCUCGAUGAAUCAAAUGGGAGGUGGUGGGACCGAAGAUUAUUCUAGAACUAAAGGUACGAUAAAUAACAUUAUUAUUCAACUCUUUUCGUUACAUAAAUCAAGACUACUAAAAUCAGUAGUUUCGAAGGUAUAUUCUUUUUUAGUCCUUACCGAUUCCAAAUUUAUCUUGCAGAAAGGUGGUUUAAUUCGUUAUGGAUCGGUUACGUCAGCUGGUUCGGUUGAAAGAGGAGAUCCGACGAAAAAACGUCGCGUGGAGCGAUCACGAAAGAUGGCAGAAGCAAAGGGAAGAAGUUCAACACCAACAGUGCCUUCAGAUAUGCAGUCUGUAUUGAAGAGAUGUGAGAAUCUUGAGAAGGAAGUUCGUUCCCUUAAACUUAACUUGUCCUUUAUGAACAGAAAGGAUUCGGAGCAGACUAAGCAAAUCGAAGAGCUACAGAAGCAGAAUCAGGAUUUGGGAGACGAAAAGGAACGACUACUCGAAGAAAUCGAGAGGAUAAUUGCAGAAACCGGGAAGAUGUGACUAAUUUUUUAUUUAGCAACUCUCUCUUAAGUUCUAACAUUAUAGUUUUCGAUAAAUAAAAACAUCGACUGUUAGU